AUCUUUUGUGUACAUUGGCGCUGCGUGAAUCGAGGUCUGGAGGAAGAUAACGGGUCCCCGCCAGCAGAGAAACUAAACAUCGCUGUCCUCAGUUCUUCAUGUUCAUAUGUCGUUUACAGUUUGUGUUUGCGUCCGUGUAACCGGCAGCGUUGAUUUCAGGCCCGGACCAACCCGCCUCUCGUCCAUAAUCUCAAAUGGGAGCUCAGUAGCUAGCUAACUUGACGACGACGAUGAUGAUGAUGGUGCAUCGGUGGAAUUACCCCGUUAUCUCUGGCUGAGAUGGAGCCACCGACGCUCAAGAGGAGCUGCUCGCGAGCUAGCUAGCGAGCUGACGGUGCCCGCCGGGGUCCUGUGAGCCCGAGCAGCCCUGGAUCACGAGAGCUAAAUGGGCGCUGCUGCGGUUGCAUCGGCUCGUUGUACCGUUACCGGAAUACGUUUCCAUCCCCGUGCCCGGAUUUGAGAGAGACCGACCAUGUCGGCGGGUCAAACGAUGCUAACGUAACCGUUUAUGGGUAGCUGCACGUGACACCGUUUAUCUCGUUUCAGCCAUUCGACACAUCUCGCCCCCUGGGUGCUUCAGUUAUAUUACUUUGACGGCGUGCAUCAGGAUGGCACAGCUCCUGGACGGGUCCGGCACGCUGGGCUGGGUCCUGCUCAAGUGUGUGUUCCGUUUUGCGUUUAUGAUUUAUAACAACUGUGUCGCCAUCCCAUCCUACUGCUUGUACAUGGUGCUUCUCCAGCCACUCAGGAUAUGGGAUAGCUCCACUUUCUGGCACGUCGAAGGAAUCAUGUUCAAAUGGUUGCUGUCCAUGGUGUCUUCAUGGGGCUGGAUCGCAGGUUAUACAGUAACGGAGUGGGGCGAUGACGUUCGGCCCAUCUCUGAAGAAGAAGCCAUGGUCAUCGUCAACCACCAAUCCACAGGAGAUGUGUGCACCCUCAUGAUGUGCCUGCAAGACAAGGGCAUGGUGAUACAAAAAAUGAUGUGGUUGAUGGACCAUGUGUUCAAAUACACCAACUUUGGCCUAGUGUCCCUGAUUCAUGGGGACUUCUUCAUCAAACAGGGUAAAGCUCACCGAGACAAGCAGCUGAUUUACCUGAAGGAUCACCUAGAGAAAUACUACCACAGCCGCAACAGGAAGUGGAUAGUGCUGUUCCCAGAGGGUGGCUUCCUGCGCAAGCGGCGGGAAACCAGCCAAUUGUUUGCCAAGAAACAUUCUCUCCCCCACCUGAACCACGUCACGUUGCCACGUCUCGGGGCCACCCAGGUUAUACUGAAAACCCUGUCGGCCCAGCAGGAGAACGGCAGCGUGGGCAGCGAGACACGGACCACGAACCAGACGGGUAAUAAAGGUAAAGGCCUGCAGUGGGUAGUAGACGUGACCAUCGCGUACCCCAAAGCGAGACCCAUGGACAUCCAGACCUGGAUCUUCGGCUACAGACCUCCGACAGUCACACAUGUACACUACAGGAUGUACCCAAUAAGAGAAGUCCCCGUGGAGGCGGCGGCCCUGACUGACUGGCUGUAUCAGAGGUUUGUGGAGAAGGAAGAGUUGCUGACCCACUUCUACAACACAGGAUCAUUCCCCUCUCAAGACGGGCAGAAGGAGGCGGUUUCCCGGAAGAUGACCCUGGACCCCAUGUGGCUGUGCAUCAUCCAGUCGUUUGCGUUCGCCUCCGGCUACGUGUGGUACAGCGUCCUCCAGUACCUGUACCGCUGUUUAUUCUGAGUGCGCUGAUGAGCCGAGAGUCUUUAUUGGACCACUGGAAAAGCCUUAGGAUCCGCUGGUGUGUGGCCCAGCGUCAAACCUGCCCCCUACGAUGGGUGAAUGUACAUUUACAACAGUGGAGAGACGUAACAAUAAAAAAAAAUUUAACGUAUGAAGAAGACAAACCCACCAAUACAAUAGGAACCUGGUCACAGGCGCAGCUAACUUGCACACAGCCCUAACACUACACACUCGCUCCAACGGCCGAGCAGAAGAAUCUCUCGCACUCGUCAAGACACACAUUUUGAUGUUUACACGUCCUCAUACACGUAGACGCUCCCAGGUACAUCACUUUGUAUUCGCAGUGAACUAAAUGAGGCUCAGGACUCCUCCAGACGACGCUCUGGACCGGACGCUCUCUGUUCCCCUCCUAGGCUUUCGCCGUAGUAGUUUUACAGAGUAUAAAGUUUGUAUGGACGCGUGCGUGUGAGUGAAUAUUUGUGACUAGAAGCAUAAUGUCUGCCCUUACUCUUCCCGGCGAGAGUCGAUGAAGCCCACUGGACCUCUCUUUCAGCUGCUACUAGCCGGCUGGCCACACCUUCCAGAGCGAGCCGUAUGAACGUUGAGGCGCCGCUGCUCCUCUGGCCUUCCUUGCCCGAAGGAUCCGUACUGCCCCGACCGCUCCCCCUCCCAGGAAAUAUUCCUGCGUGGUAGCGGCCGAUGUUUUCAUCUCUUUUGUUUUCUUCCCUUAACCUGCAUAUCUCCACAACAACGGCCAUUGUAUUUGUUGUUGACGUCUUUUUGUUGACUUUACUCCCCGGUUUCUCCCCGUUGAGGCAGUAUUCUGAGCUCACUGAAAACGGAGGAUCAUGUUUACACUGGCAGCCCUGCUGAAAGCCCGUAGGAAUGGCGGCUAUGACGCGGCUCUUGAUUCACGUAUUUUUUCUUUGACGGGCGUUGACGGGAGGAAGAGGAGACGGUGCUGAAGUGCUUAUUUAGAAAGAAGAAAAAAAAGGAAGGGGAAAAUAAGAUGGCGGCACAUAGAGCAAGAAUUGCAGUCUGAUCCCCGAAAGAGGAACACCCCCGUUGUGGAUGUGCUCUUCAACCUCCAUACACACAAACAUGUGCACACAGCCAUGUGCAGCUACACACCGCAGAGCAAACGUCUGUCGUGAAGGAUCAUCUCAGCAAGCCAGACUGAGAAGGUAGAAACUCUACUCCCCCCCCCCCCCCCCAUUGGACUACAUUUUACAAAUAUUUAAGCCAUAUGCUUUGUGUUGUCAGGAGGGGAAAAGAAAUGGGGGGGGAAAAUCAGAUUUUUAUAAAAAGCAACUCUAAUGUUCAGCAUUCUAAAAUGGAGAUUUUGGCUUCCAGAACUAUAGGUGUCAUUACUGUACAUUUACAGCAUAACCUGCCUAAGUGAGUGUGUGUGGUUGUCCUUCCCCCCCCCCCCCUCCCCCUUUUUUUGAGAUUUAUGAUUCAUGUCGUGUCGCUCUGUGAUAUCGGAGUGUGGCGGCAAUUUCACCUCUAGUGGUCAAAUUUCAUUUCAUUUUAAAUUACAUGAAACUGUCGUCCUCAUGUCACGGUCUGUUUAAAUAUUGUACAUAACAAAGCUGAGGAAGAGUUUUCAUUGUUGGAAAUGACGAUGGCGUUUCUCUCUUUUGUUCUGCGAUAACUAUAAAGAAUUUUAGUUUGAAAAUAAUCUGUUUAAAAAUAAUAAUAAUAAGAAGAAGAAAACGAGGAUUUCCCCUUCAUUUCUCAGUGUUGACCUUGUUUUUUUUUGUUUGUUUUUGUCGAGUUCCUGACAGGAAGUUGUUGUGUGCUUCAAGACAUUAGAGCGUCUGGACGUCCGCGUGCUGCUGGACACACGGGCCCAGUUCCAAACUUGUACCAUUGUACAUUUUUAACUCAUCAGGAUUUAGUGGAACACCUUGAACAUCAAGCCUUACCUGAUAUCCCGGUGGACCGCGACCCCAAAUAAUGCUGUUUCUUCACACUUCUUCGGCAAGCGUGUGUUUAAAGAUCGCGUGUCGGUGACGAGCCGGUGAGGAAGAGAUGGCUCUUCACUUAACGAGGGAAACUCUGGCAGGGCCCUGCAGUGACGCAGCUGCUCUCUCUCUCAAAUACACUUGUGUAGUGGUUGUGAGGUCCAUUAAAUGUAAUUUGCUUAGCCUGCUUAAAUUCGGGAAACUAUAGAGGAGCAGCCAUCGUUAUCGUCGUAAACGAAUGCAUAAAAUGUGCAUUUGAGUAUUUCACAGCGCCCGUGUGCCACUGUUAGUAGAAACUGUGUGAAAUGGAGAGAAAAAGGGCUCCGACUGGGAAGGAAAAGCACUUCUUGAAUCAGGCUGUCGAUGCGACUCGUCCAGCGGCCCCGCCAGAGUCCCUCCACCGCCAGAGCCACUUGAAAUAAAGCUUCAUUUUUCGUUUUCUCCACCUUUUCACUUCUUUUUUUUCUAACAUUUUUUUUCUGACCAUGUUUCCAAAGAAGGCAGGGAAAUGAUGUUUUCCUAGAUGUGGUUUUAGGAAAAAAACACAAUAGGGAUUUAAAGAGAUUAUACUAGAGCUGUCUGUAAUUUUCCAUUUUGUACUUCUCCUUUAAUUCCUAGCUACACAGCCAUUUUACCACACAAACGAAUUGUGCUGGAAUAAAACAUAAUAAAGAAGCCCAA